AUGAGUAAAGACGAAACGAUUUCCUACUGUAAUGCCGAAUUGGGUCCAUUACCAACCACUGCUCCAAAAGUAUCUGACAACAUCACUGACCUUUUCUCCUUCAAAGGUAAAGUGGUCUCAGUUACUGGCUCUUCAGGAGGGAUUGGCUGGGCUGUCGCAGAAGGUUUUGCCCAAGCUGGUGCAGAUGUUGCCAUUUGGUAUCAUUCUCACAAUGCUGAUGAAAAGGCAAAAUAUCUUGCAGAAAAAUAUGGCGUCAAGUCAAUUGCUUAUGGAUGUAACAUUGGUAUUGCUGAAGAAGUACAAAAGACUGUUAAGCAAAUCGAAUCCGAUUUUGGUAAAAUCGAUGUAUUUGUUGCUAACGCUGGUGUUGCGUGGACUGAAGGGCCAGAGAUUGAUGUUGAAGAUCUAAGCAAGUGGAACAAGAUUAUUGAUACUGACUUAAACAGUGUUUUCUAUUGUGCUCAUGCCAUUGGUCCAAUUUUCAGAAAACAAGGUAAAGGUUCAUUGGUUUUGACUGGAUCCAUGUCAGCAACAAUUGUCAACAUUCCACAAUUACAAGCAGCUUAUAAUGUUGCAAAAGCUGGAGUUAAACAUUUGGCUAAAUCAUUAGCUGUUGAAUGGGCACCAUUUGCUAGAGUAAAUGCAGUUUCUCCAGGAUAUAUUGCCACUGACAUUUCUGAUUUUGUUGACAAAGAUAUGAAGGCUAAAUGGUGGCAAUUGACACCAUUAGGAAGAGAAGGACAUCCAAAGGAAUUAGUUGGUGCUUACUUGUACUUGGCUUCAGAUGCUGCCACUUACACAACAGGUUGUGAUUUGGCUGUUGAUGGGGGUUACACUGUGCCAUAG